GUCGGUGUCUGCUUACGGACCAGGUCAGUAGAUCUCGCCCCGCUUGUCGGCCACCCUGAGCCAUCCCACCACCAGUCCUAUCCCGUCCCUUCCCUCAGCCGCGUGCGGCGGGAGCAGUGUUAGGGGGCAGCAGAACAGCCCGAAGCUGACAAUGACUGAUAACAGAAGACAUGGCUUCAUCGCCAUGUUUGAUCGGCCCUACUGCCCGAUCCCCCACUUCUAUCAGGAGACCUGGUCCUACCUGAGCGGCAACACUGCCGUCCUGACCAGCCUCCCCAACGUCCAGGCCGCCGCCCUUAAAAGAGCCAGGAGCAUGAGCAGCCCGGCGUUACCAAAACCCGGCCCGGCAUCGCUUGGCAAAGGGGAGCAAAAGCCCUGUGCUGGGGACGCCCCCAUUGAAAUGGAGACCCUGAAGAGCAGCAGUGCUAGCACCAGCAGCGCAAGCAGCACCAGCAGCACCAGCACUGCAAGCAGUUCCAUCUCGCUGCCCUCAAUCAGCGACACUUCCGCGUUCACCCCCUUCCGGGAGAUGGUAGGCACGGCUAUAUCCCUAAGCUCCAGCCUCCCUACCGUGCGCCCAGCCCCCAGCCUGACUCGGCAGCCGACGCCACCACCACCACAAAACCGGAGGCGUCCCAUCACCGACCGGGUGUCCAUCCGCAACGGCAUCCGAGUCAUACAACAGAUCAAGGAGGUUGACGUCGUCCCAAAGACGCCUCCUCCCCCGGCCACAAGCUACGACGGCCUCCGCAGCUGUCCGCCCACGUCGAUUCCCGACAGGCCCGGCACCUGGAGGCCGUACCGGGGCCCGCUGCGACGACCGCCGAAAUUGCGACGCGAUACUCGUAGCGUACAUGACAUGGCGACAUGAACUCUUCACAGCUCAGGUGUGAACUUCAAAAACCUUACCAGACUGCAAAGCCCCCGAGCCCAAGCACCAUGAUG